AUAGAUCUUCAGGUUGCAGCAGCCUUGCGUUGCACAGUCACACACUCACACUCUUGUCUUGUCUCCAUUGUGCUGUGGAGGAGCCCACCGGGCACCGGCUAUGUCGUCGUCGCCCACGCCGGCGGCAGGCACGGCGGCGGCACCACACGUCGUCGAGGACUGCCUCGGCUUCGUGCAGCUGCUCAGCGACGGCACGGUGAGGCGCUCCACGGACUACUCCAUGCUCCGUCCCACUGGCCGCGUGCCGUCGGACUCGGACCUUCCCGUGCAGUGGAAGGACGUGGUGUACGACGACGCGCACGGCCUCCGCCUCCGCAUGUACCGGCCCACCAACGCCGGAGCCACGAAGAAGAAGCUGCCGGUGCUCGUCUACUUCCACGGCGGCGGCUUCUGCCUCCUCAGCUUCGAGAUGACCAGCUUCCACGCCGCCGCGCUCCGGCUCGCCGCCGAGCUCCCGGCGCUCGUGCUCUCCGCGGACUACCGCCUGGCGCCGGAGCACCGCCUCCCCGCGGCGCUGGACGACGCCGAGUCCGUCUUCUCCUGGCUCCGCGCCCAGGCCAUGGCGGACCCGUGGCUCGCCGGGUCGGCCGACUUCGCCCGGGUGUUCGUCACCGGCCACUCGGCCGGCGGCAACAUCUCGCACCACGUCGCCGUGCGCCUCGCCGGGUGCGUGAUGCUGUGGCCCUACUUCGGCGGCGAGGAGCCGACGCCGUCGGAGGCGGCGUGCCCGGCGGACCAGGUCAUGGGCCCGGCGCUGUUCGACCAGAUGUGGCGCCUGGCGCUGCCGGCGGGCGCGACCAAGGACCACCCGUUCGCGAACCCGUUCGCGCCGGGGAGCGUCCAGCUCGGCGACCUCGGCGCGGCGUUCCCGCCGGUGCUCGUCGUGGACCCCGACCAGGACCCGCUGCACGACCGCGUGGUGGACUACGUCGCCAGGCUGAAGGCGGCCGGGAAGGACGUCGAGCUCGUCGUGUUCGCGGGGCAGGGGCAGGGGCAUGGGUUCUUCGCCACGGAGCCGUGCGGUGAGGCCGCCGACGAGCUGAUCCAGGUCAUUAGGCGAUUCGUGCACGGCCGCUUAUCAGACUGUCAGAGUCGUGUUGACGGAAGUAAUUAAGAUGUGUCAUGUGAAACAGUACGAUUUGUCACUUCUCAGAAGAAACAAAUCAAACGCAAACAAUUAAUAAUCGAUAUCUCAGUGCGUCGCUUUAGAUGAGAUGAUGAUGGAAUGGAGGUUGCUGUUGCAGUUGGCGGCGAAUGCUGAGUUUUCAGCUCAGGUUCGGAAAAUGACUGAACGAUGCCUGGCGUGCAGGUGAUAUUGGCUGGAGUCUUGCUACUUGUUUCCCGGACAGUAUUGGUAGGGUUCGCCGCCCAACAAAGUUUGUAAAUUUUUAGUACCGGUGUCUGAAUAAAUUAAUUUCUAGAAUUGUCU